AUGCGAUUCACCCUCGGACGAAAGAAGUCGGCUCCUAGCCCAGACAAAGAACACAAUACCAAGAACUGGUUCACGACACCAUACUACAAAGCAGUCGAACGUCGUCCCUGGCUCUUGCCUCCGCACGAAGUGGCUUUUGGUUAUACAGACGAUUUCCCGCCCGUACAAAGCCUGAGAGUUUUGCAGCAUUUAUACAACAAGGCAGCAGAAAAAGUCGAGUACACCAAAUGCGUAGACUUGGAUCUUGACUGGGAUCGACUCCAUGAAACCAGUGCGCAGCUCGGAACUCGAGCAGCGCAGAAAAAGCAAAGAGCUGUCCGAGAAGAUGAGGCAGGGGAUGGAUUGCCGACGGAUAUCUUGGAGAAAAUUGGACGAUAUUUGUCUCAGGUGGAUCUGUGGUGUUUGAGGGCUGUGAAUCGGAGGAUGAGGUACGAGGUUAUCGGAUAUAAUGUCGAGGUUGGAGGGAGAUCGGAAUUCGGGGGACCGCGUGAUUGUCUAUCCUUUCGGAUCAGGUCGGCGGUCGCUAACAGGCCGUGGAAGAUGGAGGUGUGUCCUGGUGUAUUUUCACCUUGUAUGCGGAUGAAGCUAUGGAAAAGGCUCGAAAAUGACAUUGGUACAGAUAAGGCAGAGAAACUUUCUUGCUGGUAUUGUGUCGAGCAACACCCGCGUUGGGAUUUCGAAUGGGACAGCGAAUUGCAUGGAUAUGAGGGCAACCUGAUCGAAAGUGAGGACAGGAUAUGUUGGGAAGGGUACAAUUUGCUGCUCUCUCGGGUCUUGAGUUGGGCGAGUCUGCUUUACAGAAUCACCGGAAAGACUUCCGGGAUGUGCGGCUCGUCCGGAGACUGUACGAUCAUCAACUUGAAAGGCGUUGGGCGGAUCCUGGCCUUUGAUGAGGGCCGACCAGUAAACACCAUGGGUGCCAGCAUUUUCGAACACAGCGUAAAGGUGUGUUCAACCUGCUUCAUGGAGAACUGCUUACGCCUCCACUGUCCCAUGGACCAACGGCCUGCAGACUGCUACCUUUGCUACAAGAUACGACGAGUUCCAAUUCUUUCGGCCACGGUGUUUUCAGGACUGGCUACAAGAACUCGUAUGCCCGAUGACGGUCGUUUGGAGCUGGCGCAGAAAGGAAGAUGUUGGGGUGCACAAAAACUGAUCCAAAGCUUAUGGAACGGACGUAUCUCCAAGUCACUCCUGAUCCUCGAUUGGUACGAUCAAAACUUGGAGAGAAAAAGCUUCCCAGCUUGGUGGAAGAUGUCGGCCGAUUUCCAACCACACACGAAGCCUCGAUUUGGAGAUUAG